CUCUCUUGACUCGGAUUCUGGAGCACAAGGCGCACAACAUAAAGCAAAAGCAAAAGAUCUCAACGCGUAAAAGGAACACGCUCAAGCUUAGCGACCAAGAAAGAGGGUUGAUGCGGAUCCCUGAUAGGCUGAUACCCCCGCUGCUCUAAACGGUAACAUCGAAGCUAGGGUUCUCUGAUCAGGAGUACACGGAUGUUUCAUUCUUCGGUUCCUUAUGCCUCAGCAGGGGAUUUCUAGAGCUGCAGGAAGCAUGUGCUUGCCAGAAGAGCCUCAUUGCGAUAUACGUAAGUGGUAUUUCAGUAGAAAAGAAAUUGAAGACCAUUCCCCCUCCAGGAAGGAUGGAAUUGAUUUGGAGUAUGAGUCGCAUUUGCGGGAGUCAUACUGCAAAUUUAUUCAAAGGCUUGGCGAGAAGCUUAAAGUGCCUCAGGUGAAAAUAGCAAGUGGAAUGUUGUUGUGCCACCGGUUUUAUAUGCGUCAAUCUCAUGCUAAGAAUGAUUGGCAGACAAUUGCUACUGCGAGCACAUUUCUUGCUUGCAAAAUUGGGGACACACCGCGCUUCCUGAAGGAUGUUGUUCUUCUGUCUUAUGAGAUGAUGUACGAAUGGGAUCGUUUGGCCCCGCAAAGAAUAAGAAAAGAACAUAAACUAUAUGAUAAGCAGAGGGAACUAAUCUUAAUCGGGGAGAGGCUUUUGUUGUCAACAAUUGCUUUUGAUCUUGAUAUUCAACUUCCAUACCAGCCUCUUGUUGCUGGUCUGAAGAAAUUGGAUCUCUCUAACCUUGCUAAAGUAGCAUGGAAUUUUGUGAAUGACACGCUUCGGACAACAUUGUGUUUGCAGUACAAGCCUCAUUAUAUUGCGGCCGGUUCCAUCUUUCUUGCUGCCACUGCUUUAGAAAGUAUGGAAUUGCUUACGAAGAAGAAAAAUUUUUGGUGGCUGGAGUUUGAAAUUUCACCGAAACAGUUAAAAGAGGUCAUCCAGCAUAUGAUGCUCACGUUGAAGCAAAACAUAAAACAAGUGCCACCAGCCACACGUGGGAGGAUCACUCAAUCUGUAGCUCCAGUUCAAAAGGCAAUGGUUAAUGGCCAAAACCCUGGUGGAGGCUCAGCUGCUGAUUGCUCUUCUAGCUGUAGUAACCUGGUCGAGGCUGGAGGUGUAAGGUCUAAUAAAAGCCAGAAUCUGGAAAGAGGUGACUGCCAUCUUUCUGUUAAAGAAGCUUUACCAUCUAAGACAAAUGAUAAUGGCUGUGACGGUGGUACUGUUGAGGACCAGAGUCAGGUCAAGCCAAAAACAGUAGAAUCUGAUCAGAGGUCAAGCUACCAGAUUUUCCCCAAUCAAAAUAACCAUAUUAAGAUUGACACUAACCGGAUCAGAGAGGCAUUGAAACGGAAGAGACGUGGCACUGCUGCGGAUAUGAAGUUUGCUGAAGCCACAAAUUCUGAGAUGGAUAGUGAGGCGUGGAUAGAGAGAGAGCUGGAAAAUGGAAUAGAGCUAGAAUAUUCCUCUUUAGCGAAGAAACAGAGAGAAGAGGUUGUGAGCUUUUGAGCUUGAAUUGGAGUUUCCUGCCACCACACUACCAUCUUGCUCAGUGUAUUUUUUAAUGUGCGAGUGUCCUUCGUUGGAUCAGAAAGGGAUGUCGACAAAUUUUGUAUAUCAGUUCAUUAAUUAUUUUUUUGUUCUGAAUUAUGAGCAUAAUAUGCUGUAGUUAUACAGCCUGCCACUUGUAUAUUAGAAUCAGAAACAUUUUACAUGAAUUGUAACCAACUUUACAAUUCAGUCAUUUAUAGAGGACAGUGGCCAUUCUAUUUGGGCUAAAAUUAGCCCUUCAGUGGUCGUUCUUUACCA